GGCCUCUUUCGCUGCCCAGUCUUUUGAGCACAAGCUCUAGAGCAACCAUUAUUCAUUCACUUCACUUCACUCACAACAAGCAGAGCGAGCUGGUCACCAAAGGCUUCUUCCAUUCCAAAGGCCAAAGGCGAUCGAUCUCUCUCAUGUCACAAGCAAAUAAAAAGCUUGCUUGAUAUGAAGCCUCUUGCUGCGCGUUUGCUCUUUGCUGGCUGCAGCAUCGUCUGAGGUGGCCAAAACUCAAAGAUGAGCAAGGAGGACGUGCUCAAGGUGCAGACGUGCGUGCUCAAAGUGAAUAUUCACUGCGAUGGGUGCGAGAAGAAGGUCAAGAAGAUCCUCCACAAGAUUGAUGGUGUGUACCAGAGCAGCAUAGAUGCGGAGCAGGGGAAGGUGACGGUGUCCGGCCUCAUGGAUCCGGCCACCGUCAUCAAGAAGCUCAACAAGGCCGGCAAGCCAGCGCAGCUGUGGGGCGCCAAGCCUGGCGUCGUCAGCCAGCUCCAGAAGCUGCAGCUUGGCGGUGGCGGUGGCGGUGGCAAGGACAAGCAGCCCAAGGGUGGCGACAGCGGCGCCAAAGGCGGAGGCAAGGGUCAGCACCAGCAGCCCAAGGGUGGCAACGGCGGCGGCGGUAAGGGCCAGCAGCCCAAGGGUGGCGGUGGUGGCGGCGGCGGCGGUGGUGCGGGCGGGAAAGACGCCAAGAUGAUGAUGCCGCAGCCGACGCCACAGCAGAUGCAGCAGCUGAUGCAGAUGAAGGGCAUGAAGCUGCCUCCUGAGUUCCUCAUGAGCAUGGGCGCGGGCGGCAAGAUGCCGCCGUUCCCGACGGCCGCGGCCGCGCCGGCGGCGCCGGCUGCGGGCAAGGACCCCACCAAGGCCGGCAAGUUCAGCUACCCCGAGGAGGACGAGUUCGGGGACGACGGCAGCGAGUUUGAUGACGAGUUUGACGACUUCGACGAUGAGGAUGAUUUCGAGGACGACGGCUUCGACGACGACGACCUGUACGGUGACCCCAAGAUGGCGAUGAAGCCCGUGGCCAUGCCGCCGGCCGCCGCUGGUGGUGACAAGAAGGGUGGAAAGAAGGGCGGUGGCGGUGGCGGUGGCGGUGGUGGGAACGAGAUCCCCGUGCAGAUGAAGGGGAACGCCCACAACGGCGGCGGCGGCAAGAAGGACUCGGGCGGGAAGCAGAACCAGGGAGGGGGCGGCGGAGGCGGGAAGAACGGUGGCGGAUCGCAGCCGCCGCAGAACGGCAAGGGCGGCGGGAACGGGAACCAGCAGGGCAAGAAGGGCGGCGGUGGUGGCGGUGGGCAACCUGCCGGUGCCGGUGUCGGUGCCAGUGCCGGUGCCCCGAUGAUGGGCGGCAUGGCAAUGCCACCGCCGCCGCAGCAGCAGCAACCGGGCCCCGGCAUGAUGAUGAGGCCGCCGAACAUGAUGGGCGGCGCCGGUUUCCCCGGUGGCAUGGGGCAGGCCAUGGGCCAGAUGGGCGGCACGCCUAUGGGCCACCACCACCCGCACCACCAGCACAUGGGUGGGGGUGGCAAUGGCAUGCAGAUGAUGCAGCCUGGCGGUGGCGGUGGCGGUGCCGUGCAUGGGAUGCCAGCCGGCGGCACCAUGCCUGGAGCUGCCGCGUUCUACCAAGGCGGUGGCGGUGGCAUGCCGUCCGGGCCGCCGCCGGAGAUGAUGCAAGCGGCCGGGAACCCCAUGGCGAUGGCGCAGGCGCAGCAGCAGCAGCAGUACAUGGCGAUGAUGCAGCAGCAGCAGCAGCAGAUGAAUGGUCACGGCGGCGGCGCCGCCGGCGGGUACCCAGCGAUGGGGUACGGGUAUGGGUACGGCCGGCCGGCGAUGCAGUACCCGCAGCCGCCGCCGUACUACUACCACCCGAUGCCGCAGCGGCACCCUCACGACAACAUGUUCAGCGACGAGAACCCCAACAGCUGCACCGUGAUGUGAUCAUGUCAAAGGUCGCUGCCAUUGCCGUUCUUCCGGAGGAGGGAGAGAGGUGAGGUCAAAAGGUGUUCGAUCAUGAGUCAGCGUCACAAAGUCCCUGGAUUGGAUCUCAGUAUACAUGAGACAUGACAAGAGAAAUGAGAAGCUAGUAGUAGAAUGGCCCCUCCCUUUUUUUUUCUUUUUUCUUUUUUUUUCUUUUUUUUUACCACUAGUAUUUCUCUUAUCUUUUCUUUUCUAGCUUAUUUUUCACUUUCUUUGGACAAAGGGGGAAAAAAAAAGCAACUUCCUUGAAGGCGAAGGUAGGUAUAGUAGUAAUUAUCAAUAGUGGGGGUCAUAAGACAUGAUGAUGGUGGUGGUUGUUCAUGGGUAUUAUAUAGCAGUAGUAGCUCAAGAAGGUGGCUCUCAUGGCUCUCCUUCUUGCUCCACAAUGUGAUAUGGUAUGGAGGUGGUAUGACAUGGUUUCUCAA